GCGAGACUUUCAGACCGUGGGCCUCUUGAAGAAGGUGUGCUUCAUGGCGGUGACGGAGUCUGCGGUAAAUAAAUCCCUCGAUACAGAGACAGUUUAGCCGUGUUCCGUCCCCGGGUGGAUGAGGUAAGUUGUUGAAUUGUUAAAGCUUCCCCAUCAGUCAUCUUCCCCUUGGGGGCUGUCCUGCCUCAGUCUGGUGGACCCAGCCAUUAGCGGGUUGCGUAGGGAGGUGAAGCUCUGACGAUGGAGAAUGGACAGGGCACGGGCGCCAAGCUUGGCCUGCCGCCACUCACUCCAGAGCAGCAGGAGGCACUUCAGAGGGCAAAGAAGUAUGCCAUGGAACAAAGCAUUAAGAGUGUGCUGGUGAAGCAGACCAUUGCCCAUCAGCAACAACAGCUCACCAACUUGCAGAUGGCAGCAGUGACAAUGGGCUUUGGAGAUCCCCUCUCACCUUUACAAUCGGUGGCAGCUCAGAGGCAGCGGGCUCUAGCCAUCAUGUGCCGGGUGUAUGUGGGCUCCAUAUACUAUGAGCUUGGUGAAGACACCAUCAGACAGGCCUUUGCUCCUUUCGGCCCAAUCAAGAGCAUCGACAUGUCUUGGGAUUCUGUUACAAUGAAACACAAGGGCUUUGCUUUUGUGGAGUAUGAUGUGCCAGAAGCUGCUCAGCUGGCUCUGGAGCAGAUGAACUCAGUCAUGUUGGGGGGGCGAAACAUUAAGGUUGGGCGGCCAAGUAACAUCGGUCAGGCGCAACCCAUCAUUGACCAGCUGGCAGAGGAGGCGCGCGCCUUUAACCGGAUCUACGUGGCAUCCGUCCAUCCUGACCUGUCGGAUGACGACAUCAAGAGUGUGUUUGAGGCCUUCGGGAGGAUCAAGUCUUGCACGUUAGCCAGAGACCCCACAACAGGGCGACACCGAGGCUUUGGCUUCAUUGAGUAUGAAAAGCCUCAAUCAGCCUUGGACGCCGUGUCUUCUAUGAACCUCUUUGACCUGGGGGGCCAGUAUCUACGGGUGGGCAAAGCAGUGACGCCGCCCAUACCCCUACUGACCCCCACAACCCCAGGUGGUCUGCCACCUGCUGCAGCAGUGGCUGCAGCGGCAGCCACUGCUAAGAUAACGGCCCAGGCAAGUAUGAAUCCCUUCCAAAGGGAUUUAAUGGCCUUCCAGGAGGCUGUAGCCGGGGCAUCAGUCUUGGGGGCGUUAGCUGCGCCCCAACUUCUCGGUCAGCAAAUGGGAAUACCGCAGGCUGUUAUGGCUGCCCAGGCCCCCGGGGUCAUCACAGGUGUGACACCAGUGCGUCCUCCCAUACCAGUGCUUCCCCAGGUUGGUCUUGUGAACCCUGUGCUCGCAUCGCCACCAGUCCUGUCUAAUCAAGUCGGUGGAUCCAGCCUACAGUUGAAGAAGGAGGAGAAAGAGGAGCAGCUUCAAGAUGGAACCGGACAGGAAAUGCUGAGUGACCAGGAGCACAUGAGCAUCUCGGGCAGUAGUGCCAGACAUAUGGUGAUGCAGAAACUUCUUAGAAAAUCUGAGUCUACGGUGAUGGUUCUUCGAAACAUGGUCGGACCAGAGGACAUCGACGACGACCUGGAGGGGGAAGUGACGGAAGAGUGCGGCAAGUUUGGCUCCGUCAACCGAGUCAUCAUUUACCAGGAGAAGCAAGGAGAAGAGGAGGAUGCAGAUAUUAUUGUUAAAAUCUUUGUAGAGUUUUCCAUGGCCUCAGAGAUGAACAAAGCCAUCCAGGCCCUGAAUGACCGCUGGUUCGGUGGUCGCAAAGUUGUGGCAGAGGUGUACGACCAAGACCGUUUCAACAGCAGUGACCUGUCUGCAUAAAAUGGUUCACCAGCACCCAUCCCCUUUACCUGUCGCCCAAACUCAUAACAGCUAAUGUCAUUGCAGCUAGAGAUGCGGGCCUCUGAAUCCUGUAAUUAUUUUUAUUUUCUUUUUUAAUAUUGCUGUUGAUAUUAAUGUUUACCGUCCCGUUGGGUGGGAAUUCAUUCAAAAUACUCCUGUGUCAGAUUAUGCUUUGUGAUCUGUGAAGGCUCCCUUUUUGGUGCAAGUUAAAAUUUUGUUUAUCCAGUAUUGUAAAACGUUAUUAUAAUUUGUUUUUUUCCUGCUUUAGUUAAUUUUUAUUUUCUUUCAUGAAUAUGCCAGGACCUUUGAACACUUUUUCUUUCUAUGAUUAAAAAGUUAUUGUUUGUCCACGAAAAA